AUACUAAUAAAAUAGGAAAACUAUGCAGACUAGUAAAUUUAUAGCCAAUAUUAGGUACUAUAGCAAUAAUUUAUGAAAGCUGUCAUGGCUACAAUUUUUAAAUUCUUGCUAUUCAUCUGAUUUGUACAUUUCUCUUGAUUUUAUAAAAAGUCAGAAUUCGUAUAAUUCGAUUCCUGAUUGUAUAGAUCCAAAAAUUUUAUAUGUUGACCCUAGCUAUUUGUAUAUGAUUUAUGAAAAAUUACCUUUUAUAUAUUAGCAAGAAAAAAAAAUAUAAAUAUGGUGUUCUGGAAAAUUUUCUAAUGUAUAUAAAUUCAUAAUUUACAUAUACUUACUCUUUUGUAUAUUUGUAAGCGAAACAUACAAACUGCAGUCUUUAUAGUAAACAAAAUUAUAGCUAUUAAGUACAAUUAUCGAAACUAUAGCCGUAGAAUUUUAUUACGUUUAUACGCAAAGGGCCCAACAAAUUGGGUCAUCCGUUUGAUCUGGGCAAACAUUAAACUCACAUUGGUUAAAGAUUAGUGUUAGAAUUUAUAAUGAUAACACGUAGAAAUCUCAGUUAAUUAUAUUGAUAUAUAUUAGUUUAUGAUAUUAUGAAUCUUAUCAUAAUUUGAUACAUUUAAUAUAUGAGGUCAAAAUUAAAUAUAAUUUUAUAAAUACGUCAUAUCCAAGUGACUCAUAUAUAUAUAUGGACUAUAUAUUUAAUAAUGUUUGCCAAAUAUAUUUUCCAAUCAAUUUGGUCAAACAUUUUUUACCAAAUUUACUAAUGGCAAAUCUUUAGUUGACUCUAGUACCCAUUGUUUCCACUGCCCCAAGUACAAAACAAAAACCCAAAAUACUAUGGGAACACACAUGACUUAUAAGGUGUGAGCAAAACAAGGGCCAAAAUAAUCAACUUUAUAUACAAGCUAUCAAGAAAAUAAUAUAAGUAGAUUCCAAAACACACCCACAAAAAAAAAAAUUAAAAAAAAUAUAACAACAAACUCAUCCAUGGUGAUAACUUACUCUUCUUCCCCUACUACAUCCUCAACAAUUUUUGACAUUGGAAAUUAUUCAACUAAGUUGUUGAAUAUUGAGCCACAAUCAUGCAUUAAUUCUUCUUUUCCUUCUCCUCCAAAGCCACUCUUGAUUUCUACUCCAUCACAAGGAGGAAAUUUUCCAGUAAUUUUAUUCCUUCAUGGUUACCUUCUUUUCAAUUACUUUUACUCUCAGCUUAUCCAACAUAUCUCUUCUCAUGGCUUCAUUGUUGUUGCUCCUCAGUUGUAUUUGGUGGAAGGAACAGAUACAACUACGGAUAUAAAAUCUACUGCUGAAAUCACAAACUGGUUACCUGACGGAUUACAUCGUUAUCUUCCCUCUCAUGUUGGGCCAAAUUUGAAAAAGCUCGGGUUAGCUGGCCAUAGUCGCGGUGGAAAAGCUGCAUUUGCGCUAACUCUUGGUAAAGUUACUAAUGUUACUACUGAUCUAAAAUUCGGCAUUGAUCCUGUUGAUGGUUUGGGUAAUGGAAAGCAGACCACGCCACCCGUCCUCACAUACAUUCCUCAGUCUUUCAAUCUGGAUAUGGCGGUUAUGGUAAUUGGCUCGAGUUUAGGAGAGGUAAAAAGGAAUCCUCUAUUUCCUGCUUGUGCUCCGAAGGGAGUAAAUCAUCGCGAUUUCUACAACGAAUGUGUUAGGCCAGCGUGUUACGUUGUAGCUAAGGAUUAUGGACAUGUUGAUAUGCUAGACGAUGAAACGAAAGGGGUAAGAGGAAAGGCAACUUAUGGUUUGUGCAAGAAUGGUAAAUCUAGAGAGCCUAUGAGAAGGUUUGUUGGAGGAAUUGUGAUUGCUUUCUUGGACGAUUAUUUGAAAGGGAAUUCAAGUGAUUUAAUGCCUAUUAAAGAUGGAUAUGUUACAUUGCCUGUUGAGCUUCGAGAUGUGGAUUUUCGAAUGUAGUUACAAUGUGACUUUGAUUAUGAAGAAAUAAAUCCAAGUGCUCAACUAUCUUUUUCUAAAAUCUCGUGAUGUACAGGUCUAUGGUACCUGCUAUCUCAUACCAAUACAUGUUUCUCAUUAUAUUAUCUUGAAUAGUCAUUUCUAUUUAUAUUUUCAUCAUGCAACAAGUUAGUGGUCUAGUUAGGUCAUAUUAAGCCAUAGAGAAUUUGAUCCUGUUUAUAUCAUUUCUGUUAUUCUCUAGUAUUAGCAUUUUCCUGAAGCUAUUCUACUAUCAUUCUAGUUUUUAGAUGAACGAUCCUUCUAUUUAGAUCGGUGAUUUCGUUUGACCGAGUCAACUAUCGAAAGUAUUGCAAGCAAUCUACACUAAACUAGAAGCUAAAAAUAGAAAUUCCACGAAUCCUUUGGUGGAUAAAUCCAACGACUCAGCAGUAGUGCAGAAUUAAAUUUCUUUGUCUGGUAGAUCUGAUCUAUAGUUAGGGGGCAAUAUAUAUCAAAAGGUUCGAAGAAGGGCUGGCACGAAGUUAGCCGGGGCUUCUUUCUCGAGUCCUGUCAUGAUCGCGCACUUAACGCUAUGAAAUAGCUAUACUAUAUUAGUUGAAGAAGGUAUUAUCAAACGACGGUCCAGUGCACUAAGCAUGAUCACCCAUUAGGAGAAUGGUUGUACCGAAGGGGUGCGAUAUAGCUAGACUAUUCAAAUGCAAAUGAUUGUUUCCGAUCAACUUUGUGUUCUUUGGAGCCAGAACAAAGUGUGUCCGGUAUUUUAUUAAAUAAGUAAAAACAAAUGUUGCUGCUACUAAUGAAAUUUGAAAAUGCAAACACUAUAUUUAUCAUUAUACUUGUAUAUACAAAUAACAAUAUCACUUUUUGGCUUCGAUAAACUUGAACCAAGACCCCUCAUUGGUUGCUUCAAAUAUUUAAUUUGUUGUUGGUUGCUUUGACCGAGGCUAUUUUAGUCUUUUUCCUAACCCUCAACCUGUUGAGGGCAUUCUGGUACUUUCCACUAAAUCAAGAUUAGGGUUUUCCUGAGCCGACUUGCCGCUCUCACACUCUGUAUAUUAUAUAUAUUCAACUACCUCUGUUUUUUCUUUGAAACUCCAUUGUUGCCUCCGUUUAGCAGCAAGUAUUUUUUUUUUCUUUUCUUUUAUGGAUCAAUUGAUUAGUUAUAUUUUGUGUUUUCCAUGUGAUUUUGAAUUUCUGAAUCUAGUCUCUUUGAGGCUGUGAUGAUGAAUAAUUAUACCAUCAAACUUUGAAAGUUUAUACAUUAAACUUGUUGAUUCAAAUACAAUUCUCUGAUGCCUCUUUCUUAGUAAUUAACAACAACUGGAAACUUCUUUAUUUUUCUUUAAUUAUGACAUAAAGGCAAUAAAUUAGAGUCUCUGAUGCACUUUGUUGAUAGUGUAAUCAGCGCUGUAUGUUGCCGAUUAUGAAAUUUUGGCGGAGACUAUGGCACCAAUCAUUCAAUUUCUCAGAUGCAUUGUGCAUUCAGAUGCCUCUACA